AUGCCAAAUAUUAAAAUUAAUAAUUCAAGUGAGGAGUUCUUGUACUCUCGGUGCUACUACUGUGCCUUUCAGGGUGUUGCUGAGGACCAAUUUGGCCUUGGGUUGAUUGCUCGUGCAGUUGAAGAAGGGAUAGCUCUCACAAAGCCUAUGGGUAUCAUGAUAUUCAGCAUGGGAGGCCGACCGGGUCAAGUUUUAUGUGAACGCUUAUUUUUACGCCGUGGAUUUCGCAUCAAUAAUCUCUGGCAAUCAAAACUUAUGCAGGCUGCCGACACAGAUCUUUCGGAUUUAGUUGAAAUCGAGGAAAAUAGCCCACAUCGAUUUGAAUUCUUUGUGGAUCUUGGUGGGGAUCAACCUAUCUCCGCACGCACAGCCUGUGCAUACAUGAAAUCUGGUGGCUGCGUUUCACAUGCUUUGUCUAUGUAUAGUUGUCAUCUUCGCCAGCCCGACCAGGUGAAGAAAAUAUUUGACUUUCUUAAAGAUGGAUUCCCUGAAGUCAGCAGCUCCCUGGAUUUGUCCUUUGAUGACAAUUCUGUUGCUGAUGAAAAAAUAUCCUUCCUAGCAUACCUAGCUAGCUUUUUGAAAGAGAACAAGUCCAAUCCUUGUGAGCCUCCAGCUGGAUAUUUAAACUUCCGGAAUCUUGUUACUGGAUUUAUGAAGGCUUACCACCACAUCCCGUUAACUCCUGAUAAUGUUGUUGUAUUCCCUUCUCGUGCUGUAGCGAUAGAAAAUGCUCUUCAGUUGUUCUCGCCGGCGCUUGCAAUUGUUGAUAAGCAUCUGACCAGACACUUGCCUAAACAAUGGUUAACAUCUUCAACAAUUGAGGAAAGAGCAGAUUGUACCGAAGCUGAAAACAUAGUAACUGUAAUUGAAUCACCACGCAAAUGGGACUUGCUGAUUGAGUUUAUCAGGAAACUGAAGCCUCAAGUUGUUGUUACUGGCAUGGCUCAGUUCGACGCUAUCAGGACUGCUGCUUUUGUGAACUUGCUAAACGUAACGAAAGAUGUUGGUUCAUGGUUAUUCCUGGAUAUUUCAGAACAUCUGGAGUUGUCUCGUGUGCCAAGCUCGAAUAGUGUGUUGCGAUAUCUUGCUGGAAACACCCUACCUUCGCAUGUAGCUAUACUGUGCGGUUUAGUAAAGAAUCAGGUUUAUUCUGAUCUGGAAGUUGCUUUCACCAUUUCUGAACAGGCGGCUUUCUGCGAGGCAUUGUCACAAACUGUUGAGCUAUUGGAAGGGCACACUUCUGUGAUCAGCCAGCAGUAUUAUGGCUGUCUUCUCCAUCAGCUGUUAGCAUUUCGAAUUUGCGAGCCGCAUGCACAGCAAGAGAGACGACCUGCAUUAGUGCUGCCUCAGAGGAUGAUAGGAUUCUCUAAUUCUGCCAUAUCUGCCAUAAAAGAAGCUGAAUUUUCCCUUCCCGAUUCCAAGGAAUCUUGUGUCAUUCAUAUGGAUUUAGAUCGGAGCUUCUUGCCAAUACCUUCUGCAGUGAAGGCCUCCAUUUUUGAAAGCUUUGCUAGGCAGAACAUCAUGGAUUCUGAAACUGAUGUUCGAUCCAGCAUUCAGAGGCUGUUGAAACGUAACUAUAAUUACCCAGUAGACUCUGAUUCUGACAUUAUAUAUGGUAGUACCAGUCUGGCACUCUUCAACAAGCUUGUUCGUCGCUGCGUGCAAGAGCGAGGCAUCUUUGUUUUCCCCUUGGGAACCAAUGGUCAUUAUGUCUUGGCAGCAAAGUUUCUGAACGCAAACACCCUGACUAUUCCAACAAAAUCAAGUUCAGGCUUUAAGAUCGAACCAAGUGCUCUAGAAGACACACUUAAUAACAAGGAACCGUUUUCGCGGGCGUGGGUGUAUAUUUCUGGCCCCACAAUCAACCCUUCUGGUUUCCUGUACAGUGCCAAGGAGAUAGAAGAGCUGCUUUAUAUCUGUGCUAGAAAUGCAGCUAGGGUAGUCAUAGAUACCUCCUUCUCUGGUCUGGAGUUCCAAACCGAUGACUGGCCCUUCCCUGGUGUCCAGUUCCCAUUCAAUCGCUGGCCUUGUUGGGAUUUAGAAGGAUGUCUUGACGAUAUGGCUGGCCAUGUUGCCCCUGUUUAUCUGCUCGGAGAGCUAUCGCUUGAGCUGACCAUCGCUGGGCUUAAAUUUGGGUUUCUCAUCUCGAAAGACCGGUCCUUGGAAUAUAGUUUCCCAAUCUUGAGUCAGCCACAUAGCACACUGAAGUACACUUUCAGAAAAUUGUUGGGUCUCAAGUACGAGUUGGAUGAGCAUUUCUCUAAUCUCAUUGCGGAGCAAAGGGAGACACUGAAGGGUCGUGCCAACCACUUGAUGAAGACACUCGAGAACUGUGGCUGGGAUGUUGUUGGUUGUCAUGGUGGUAUCUCGAUGCUGGCCAAACCAACCGCCUACAUUGGCAAAUUAUUCAGGGUCAACUGUUUCGAAGGCACGCUCAAUGGUUGCAACAUCAGGGAGGCGCUUCUUAGAUCCACUGGAUUGUGUAUAAGCAGCAGCACAUGGACCGGGAUAACAGACUACUGCCGGUUCAACUUUGCCCUCGAGAGUGGUGAAUUCAAGCGGGCAAUGGAUUGCAUAACUCGGUUCAAGGAGUUGGUUCUGGGAGGCUCAGAUGAAUCGUAA